AUGGCCUACGAGCCUCGAGGGGAUCACCACGACAGGCGAGGGCCACCCAGGGACGGCGAAGAUGGAGGCUUCGUGAGGGCCCGUGGACGACGUCCCGUCACUGACUAUGGCUCUACCGUUGCACACUGGAUGCGGAAUCGCGCACCGGCAGAUGGAGACGCAUAUACCGGAGAGGCUGAACGGCCAAGUGCAAGCUUCAUCGUCGACUUCACACCACCCGCCGCCAGAAGGACAGAUCCUGGAGACACGAUACCAGUGAAGCACCUUCACUCGUCGCUCAACAAGAUCAAGCAUCCUAUCAACGUCGUUCGAUGGACCCCGGAAGGACGUCGUCUGUUGACUGCUAGCAGUAGUGGAGAGUUCACGUUAUGGAACGGCACUGGAUUCAACUUCGAAACCAUCAUGCAGGCUCACGAUUCUGCCAUCAGAGCACUGGCAUAUUCUCACAACGACGACUGGCUCAUCUCCGCCGACCACGACGGCAGCGUCAAAUAUUGGCAGCCCAACUUCAACAAUCUUCAAAGUAUCGCCGCGCAUAACGACCCUAUUCGAGACCUUGCUUUCAGCCCGAACGACUCAAAGUUUGUCACGGCCUGCGACGACUCUACGCUGAAGAUCUUUGAUUUUGCCGGCGGAGUGGAGGAAUCCAUCUUGAAGGGUCACGGCUGGGAUGUCAAGAGCUGUGACUGGCAUCCUACCAAGGGUCUCUUAGUCUCGGGAUCCAAGGAUCACGUUGUGAAACUCUGGGACCCGAGGACCGGCCGGUGCUUGACGACACUACAUGGCCACAAAAACACCAUCACCAAGACCUUGUUCGAGAGAGUUCAGGGAGACUGUCUGGCAACAUCGGCAAGAGAUCAAACAGCCCGUGUUUUCGACCUCCGGAUGAUGCGUGACAUUUGUCUUUUGAAAGGACACGAGAAGGAUAUUUCGACUAUUGCUUGGCAUCCCGUUCAUUCAAAUUUCCUCACCACUGGUGGUCACGACGGAUCCUUGCACCACUACAUCUUGGACGAGCCGAAUGCGCCAGCUGGCCAUGCUACCAUGGCGCCAUACGACAGCGCUGACCCGUCCACGACUAGCGCCCAGACUAUCUAUCCGGCCCAUAAGAUUCCAUACGCACACGACUUUGCAAUCUGGUCUUUGGACUGGCAUCCUUUGGGUCACAUCCUGGCAUCUGGUUCUAACGAUCGUAUCACAAGGUUCUGGUCCAGGAAGAGACCAGGCGACGCCGACGUCUUCCAGGACAGGUAUCACAUCGGGGAGGCCGCUGCCGAAGCGCAGGGAACCUGGGAUCGCCGUGGAGGUCGUCGCCAGAGACAGGAGGAAGAAGAGCAGGAGAUGGAGGACGAGAUGGACGGCCUUGUCGACCAGAAGAUGCCACUCAAGCAACCCACGGUUCCUGGAUUCCCCGGACUGCCUGGUCUGCCUGGUCUCCCGGGUCUGUCCAUGCCGCAGAACGGCUCCGUACCACCGCCGCCGCCCAUGGUCCCCGGCAUGGGAGCCAACGGCGGAGCGCCACCGCCACCGCUCCCCUUCGGUUUACCCGGCUUGCCGGGCCUGAACGGCGCGCCACCUCCCCCUCUUCCCUUGCCUGGUGGCAUCGAUCCAAGCAACCCCGCCGACCUCGCCAAGAUUGCCGAGAUGAUCCAGAAGGCCGGAGGCACCCUUCCACCUCCGCCUCCUGGUGGCUUUCCUCCAGGCAUGGUCCCGCCGCCAAACUUCGUGCCUCCGCCUGGGUUCCCACCGAUGCCGAUGCCGCCCCCAGGCCAUGAUCAGAAUGGCAACGGCCAUGAUCGUGGCGGAAGGAGAGCUCCCCUGCCUAGUCAAGAGGAGAGCCUCAAGGCGGAACAGCGGAGAGGCAACUACACCCGAGCGCGUUAA